CUGUGCAAUCGAAAAUCACUGCCGCAUUUAAUCCAAACAAAAUAGCUUAAAUUUAAAUAAAAUGCUGCGAAACGCGAUGCAUUUAGCAACUCUUGGGGUGCGCCAGACCCGAGUGAUAAACUGCCCACAAAAACAUCUUGCAUUUCUGCAAAAUAAUUGUAGUAACGAAAUAAACCUGCAAGUGGCGCGCGAUUAUGCAAAGGGCAAGGACAAAAAGAAGGAAAAAGGCGGCAAGGGAAAACCCGGCAAGGUGGAAAUCAACGAGCAGCAGCUGCGCGAGAUCCUCAACUUCGAUGGACUUAACAGUCAGAUGGAGAAAUCCGUAUUACAGAUGAAGGAGGAUUUUGUAAAACACCUUUCACUGCGCUCUACCAGCGGUGCGAUCGAUACACUACGGAUUAAAGUCGAUGGUCAGGAGCACGAGCUGCAGGAAUUGGCCCAGAUAUCCCGGAAAAAUCCCAAGACCAUCAUAGUAAACAUGAUAGGUUUCCCUCAAACGAUUCCCGAUGUGCUUAAGGCCAUCGAAAAGAGCGGCAUGAAUCUGAAUCCCCAACAGGAUGGUACUACUCUGUUUAUACCAAUCCCAAAGGUAACCAAGGAGCACAGGGAGAACCUGUCGAAGAAUGCCAAAGCCCUGUUUGUCAAAUAUCGCGAUGCCAUUCGUGGCGUGCAAAACGAACACAUCCGCAAACUAAAGAAGCAACCGGAAUUGGGCAAGGACGACGCCUUUGCUGCCCAAGCUCAAGUGACUGCCAUUGCUGAUCGGUUUAUUUCGGAGGCGGACAAGCUGCUGGCCAGCAAACAGAAGGAGCUACUGGGCGACUAAAACCAAGACCAAGACUGAUCCUGUUCCAAAAGCCUUUUAAAUCUAAAUACACACAUGUUAAAUAAAAUGCAACUGUCUAAUUAUUAAUGUAUUAACGAAAA